GAGGGGUUACUAGUACGCAGGCGCUCUCAACUUUCCUACCCGGCACGUGACGCGGCACCGACUACGUCACGGAGCCAGCCAGAUAGCGCGCGGGCGGGGCAGGGUUCGGAGGCGCUCGGAGAGGACCAAAGUGCCGCGGCUGACCCGGCAAAACUCAACCGGGUCAACUUAAGCCAUGCCCAAGUACUGCAGGGCUCCGAAUUGCUCCAACACUGCGGGCCGACUGGGCGCGGACAACCGCCCAGUGAGCUUCUACAAGUUCCCACUGAAGGAUGGGCCCCGGCUGCAGGCCUGGCUGCAGCGCAUGGGCCGUGAGCACUGGGUGCCCAGCUACCACCAGCACUUGUGCAGCGAGCACUUCGCGCCCUCCUGCUUCCAGUGGCGCUGGGGCGUGCGCUACUUGCGACCGGACGCGGUGCCCUCCAUCUUCCAGGCACCGCCCCCCAAGAGCCAGCGGGGUACGCAAAGCACCAAGAAGCGGGUUGUGCCACCUGCUGGUCCACAAGAGGCUACACCGCAGCCCCCAGGGUGCGCCAUCCCAUCUUCUGGCCCGGUACACCUUGUGGUACUGGGCCCGGGGUCGGGGACCCCUGAGGCUGCAGCAACGGUGCUCCUGCCCUCUCCUCCCCCUUCGCCCACUUUCGCGGGGCGACACCCCGACAUCCCCCCUCUGCAGGCCCAGGCCGGGCUGGGCGCGGCGCUGGGAGCAUUGCAGCAGCGGGUGCGGAGGCUGCAGCGGCGCCAUCAGCGGCACCAGGCGCAGCUGCGGACUCUGGAACAGCUGGCGCAGCAGCUGCAUGGGCAGAGCCUGCUGGCGCGGGCGCGCCGGGGCCUGCAGCCCGUGAUCUCUGGGCCUGAGGAAUCCCAAGCCUUCACCAUCAUCUGUGGAGGGCCUGAAAUAGCUGUGAUCCUUGCCCAAAGCCCUGCAUCUCCAACAGUGGACGCCAAGCCUGAGCUCCUGGACACUCGGAGCCCCAGUGCAUAAGGAUCAGAACAGUAAUGUCAAGGGACAGAACAUACAGGAUGGAAGAAGAGAGAUACAUCAACCACGGGCUUGGCCCAGCCCCACCACCCAUUCCUUGGGAGCAGCAAUGCCUCUCUCAAGGGCCUUGGUUCCAUGACCCCCCUCCUAGGGACCCCUUGAACCUUAGGGGUGCCUAGGCCCAAGUUCCCUAUCAGUUCCCAAUACCAGCCCUCUGCCACCCCUAGCUCAAAUCUUUAUAGUCAGUAAAACAACCUUAGAGAGGAACACAGGUUGUUUGUUUGGGGAGCGUUGUACCUGGUUUCUGAAGAGCCCCUCACAUCUUUUGUCAUGACUAGUGCUGCGCUGGGGAUACCACAGUGAACAGAGCUGAAAAUCAUCCCUGUCCCUCAUGGUGCUCACAUUCUACUUGAGUAGGAGAUGAACUAGUAAACUAAUAAACAAGAUAACUUCA